AUGCUUUUGUUUUCUCCCACCUUUAUAGAAGGCAGAUUUGAGUCGCCCCUCCAUAUAUGUGCAACUCUUAGGGUCGCCUUUGGCUUGCUUGCUUACCCGGCUCACUCGAACAGUGAGAAGAACUCCAGCUUGGCUCACUUCGCCUACGCAACGAAGAGAAGUAGUUUACUUGCUUGCUUAGCUCGAACAUGCCAACAGCAUUUCCACAAGUAUGUACUAAGCUCUGAAAACCUCCAUUCCAACCAGGUUUUCAGGAAUAAGCACUGCAAGAAGAUACCCCCUGCAGUUACCUCUAAAAGGAAUGAUCUCGGGCAUCAAUCUAAAGAGAGUUUGGUAGCUUUCCCUUUACACGGUAAAUUUCCUUAUCUUAUUAAAGGAAAAGGACGAACUCGCUUUCGCUGGGCAUCAAGGCUUCUUUCACUCCGCUACGCACCUUGA